AGUGAACGCUCCAGAGUUCAAAAGCUACCAAAGAUGGGGUAACGCGCUAGUGGCUAGUCGUGAUACACAGCAGCCGAGGCAAUUCCUGGCGGAGAGCUAUCGCGACAACCGACAAUGAAUCUUGAUCUAUUCUCCGCCUAGGAAACUAUUCUUCCUUCUGAACCCGAUUGAGAUUAAUAGAACCAACCUUAAUCUCACUCAACUUCCUAUUGCCAAUAUACAACACCUCAAUCACACCAACACCCACCAUAUCCCAACAUGAGAGGCAUUCAGCUCAAAGAAUACGUCGAGGGCCCUGGCGACCUCAAAGUCAUCGACCUUCCCACGCCCACUCCAAAAGACGGCGAAUACCUAAUCGCCAUCCACGCCUCAGCAACCAAUUUCUUCGACCUCCUGCAGAUCCGCGGGAAGUACCAACAUCAGCCCGCCUUCCCUUGGAUAUCUGGGUCUGAAUUCUCUGGUGUCGUGCUUCAAGCGCCCUCGGGCGGGAAAUACAAGGUCGGCGACAAGGUCUUUGGCGCGUCUCAGGGUGGCUAUGCCACGCACAUCUGCUGCUUGGAAAGGGUGCUGAAGCCUGUCCCUGAGGGGUGGAGUUUUGCAGAUGCGGCGGGCGUAUUUGUUACAGCGCCAACGAGCUACGCGGGGUUAGUGACGAGGGCGGGGAUUAAAGAGGGUGACUACGUCCUCAUCCACGCAGCCGCGGGCGGCGUCGGCCUCGCAGCCGUGCAAAUCGCCAAAGCCUUCGGCGCAAUCGUCAUCGCAACGGCCGGCAGUGCACACAAGCUCUCCGUCGCAAAGUCCUUCGGCGCUGACCACGCCAUCGACUACCGCGAUGCCUCAUGGCCAGAGCAAGUGAAAAAGCUUACCCCCAAGAACCGCGGUGUGGACAUCGUCUACGACCCCGUCGGCCUGAUCGCGCAAUCCAUGAAAUGCACAGCCUGGAACGGGCGCCUCCUCGUCAUUGGCUUCGCAGCCGGGGAUAUCGAGAAGAUGGCUACGAACCGUAUUUUGCUAAAGAACGUGUCCGUCGUGGGGUUGCAUUGGGGCGCGUAUGCGACGAAUGAGCCCGAGAUGAUUGAUGUUGUUUGGGAUGGCAUCUUCAAGCUUGUCAAGGAGGGCAAGUACAAGGGCACAAGUUUUACGGAUAGGGAGUUUGUCGGGUUGGAGAGUGUGCCUGAUGCGCUCAAAGCGUUGGGCGCGAGGGAUAGCUGGGGGAAGGUCGUUGUUAAGGUGCCGCAGGAGGGGCAGAGUAAGAUCUAGGGGGGGUUGGGAUUGGAUGUGGUUGACUUCUCUACUGGCAUUACCCUUUUUGUAGUCAAAUCUGCAACGGUAGCAGGCCUGCGAUGAGGUCUGAGUGUUAUGUUGCUGGGAUAUAUUGACACGUGAAAGAACUGGUCAAACUACAAAUGUUCAUCCUUGCCAC